AAUUCAAAUUAAAUUAUCUCAUAAUUUUUUUCCAAUCAAAUUUAUAACAAACUCAUUUUAAAAUAACUUAUCACUCGUAUCAAACGAGCUCUUAAGAACAAAAAAAUGAAAGAAAAGGGAAAACAUAGUACUACUAGUAUUAAGAAUUAGCUUCUUCUCUCUUUUCUCUCUCUCUCUCACCAAAAAAAGGCCAAAACUCUGGCUUAAAGUUUUGUAACUCUCUUUGUUUCCUUUUUAUUUUUAUUUUUGGGGCUUUCUUUUCCUCUUAUUAAAAGAGGAGGAAGAAGAAGAAGAGAAGAAAAAACUUACAAAUACAUAUACAAAAUUCUUGUUACAUAUAUAUAUUUAUAGAUAUAUAUAUAGAGAGAGAAAUUUAUAGUGUAUUUUUUACUAGUUUGUGGAAGCUAUGGGGUGUUUCCCUUGUUCUGGUGAUCCAUCAGUCAAGAAAAGAGAAAGAAAAAGAAUCCAAGCCAAUAAUCAUUACAAAAGGGAUGAUCAACCAAACCCCAAACCAGAUACACUAAAGGCGAGUGAACAUAAAGUUGUGAAGAAGGAAGAGUCUGAAAAUGCAAACCAAUCUACAACUAGGAUGGAUGGCGAUUGUAGUAGCGUUUCCAGAGGUGGGGAAACUGGUGGAAUUAAGAUUAAUGGAGUGAAUAAAGCGCGGGCGUUUAAAUUUAAUGAACUGGUAGCCGCAACAGAAAAUUUCAAGGCAGAGUAUUUCUUGGGUGAAGGUGGCUUUGGCAAAGUAUACAAAGGUCGUCUGGCAGAUACUGGUCAGGUUGUAGCCAUCAAACAACUCAACCCCGAUGGAUGUCAGGGCAACAGGGAAUUCAUUGUGGAAGUACUCACUCUAAGUAUGGCUGACCACCCUAAUCUUGUCAAACUAAUUGGUUAUUGUGUCGAGGGACAUCAUAGGGUGUUGGUCUACGAGUUCAUGCCUCUUGGUUCAUUAGAAGACCAUUUACAUGACCCUUGGCCAGAUAAAAAACUCCUUGAUUGGAACACCAGAAUGAAGAUAGCUGCAGGUGCUGCAAGGGGCUUGGAGUAUUUGCACGACAAAAUGAAACCGCCUGUUAUUUAUCGUGACUUGAAGGGAUCCAAUAUUCUGCUUGGAGAGGGGUACCAUCCAAAAUUAUCUGAUUUCGGUUUGGCUAAAGUGGGUCCUCUUGGAGACAAAACUCAUGUCUCUACCAGAGUGAUGGGUACAUAUGGAUACUGUGCACCCGAUUAUGCUAUGACUGGCCAACUGACAUUCAAAUCAGAUAUCUACAGCUUUGGAGUUGUUCUUUUGGAGAUUAUCACAGGCAGGAAAGCAAUCGACAAUACAAAAUCUGCUGCGGAGCAAAACCUUGUUGCUUGGGCGCGACCACUGUUCAAAGACCGGAAGAAAUUCCACCAGAUGGCAGAUCCUGCACUAGAAGGCCAUUAUCCUGCGAGGGGUUUAUAUCAAGCUCUUGCAAUUGCUGCUAUGUGUGUCCAGGAGCAACCUAAUAUGCGGCCUCUCAUUGCCGAUAUAGUCACUGCUCUGAACUACCUUGCCUCCCAAAAGUAUGACCCCGAAGCCCAGCCUCCCCAAGGAUCGCGUAAACAUUCUUCUUCCAAAAAAUCCAGAUCAAUAGAUGAAACAAAGACCCCCAUUAGUGUUGACGGUGAUGACAGAAGGCAUUCAGAGUGACUAAAUACUUGGUACCCCCUGCUGGUAUUCAUCCGGUCUGGUCUGUUCACAAAUCUGGGGUUGUUGCGUUCUUGCAAGAAUCCAUCCAAUCUUUACGGGGUUGUAGGUAUAAGCUAAUAGAAAACUUGCCUUGUUAUCAAUUUUUGUGUCAACAUGAUAACAGGUGCAGCUCAAAAUCUAACGUAUUAUAAACCAAAAUUCUCCUUUUGCACGUGUGUAAAUGGAAAGGUAGGUUAAUGUGUAGAUGCAAUAUGAUUCAAAAGGUAUAAAGAGGAAAUGAAAAGAUGAAAGUUAGAUAAAGGAUUAUUAGCAUGAACAAUUUUGUGAUAUAUUUUCAAUUGGAUUUUCUUAUGUCUUCCAUUU